CGCAGUCGACAAUCUGCUCCUGGUCGGAGUCGCUCGCACACCUUGUCCUCCCGCUUCUCGUUCGUGUCUCCGCCGGUGACCGGCGUUCUUUUUACAACGCGACGCGAAAAACCGCUCGACGAAACGGGAACAAUCUUCCUCGCGUUUUCCAACCGAUCGGAGUCUGUCCGACAACAAGCCAAGAAGACUCUAAAUGGAAAAGCGUGACCGGUACGGCGAGUAUCGUUGAACACUCCGAAAAGAGCCCGAAUCGAUCACGGAUCUGCGGGUCAGAAUGCGGUGAUCGGUGAAGGAGAUCUCGACAGAGAGGCCUGCGAGGGCUUCUGGCCGCCGCAACGAUGCUGUUGCCGGCCGAUAUGCUGGCAGCCCAGUCCAAGAUGGUCUACCAGAUCAACAAGUAUUUCGGGGAGCGGGUGAUGACCAGGAAGAGCCAGGUGAUGAAGACCAUCCAAGAGGUGUGUCGCGUGGUGCAGGACGUGCUCAAGGAGGUCGAGGUCCAGGAACCGAGGUUCAUCUCGUCCUUAACGGAUUACAACGGAAGAUUCGACGGGCUGGACGUUAUCUCGCCCACGGAGUUCGAGAUCGUGAUAUACCUGAACCAGAUGGGGGUUUUGAAUUUCGUGGACGACGGCACGUUGCCUGGUUGCGCGGUGCUCAAGCUGAGCGACGGUCGCAAGAGGUCUAUGUCCCUUUGGGUGGAGUUCAUCACGGCAUCCGGCUACCUGUCCGCCAGGAAGAUCCGUUCGAGGUUUCAGACGCUGGUAGCACAGGCGUGCGACAAGUGCGCCUACAGGGAUUCCGUAAAGAUGAUCGCGGACACCACCGAAGUGAAACUACGUAUCAGGGAGAGGUACGUAGUGCAGAUCACGCCGGCCUUUAAAUGCGCCGGACUCUGGCCGAGAUCGGCCUCUCACUGGCCCAUAGCGCACAUACCUUGGCCUCACCCGAACAUCGUCGCCGAAGUGAAAACUGAAGGCUUCGACAUGCUGUCCAAAGAGUGCAUAGGCCUGCAAGGCAAGCAGUCCGCCAUGGAGGGCGACGCAUGGGCGUUAUCUUUCAUAGACGCCGAGAAUCGUCUGCUGCAAGGUGGCAGCAGGAAGCGCUGCUUAAGCAUCUUGAAAACCCUCAGAGACCGACACCUCGAUCUGCCCGGCAACCCGGUCACCAGCUAUCACAUGAAGACUCUAUUGUUGUACGAGUGCGAGAAGCACCCUCACGAAAUAGAAUGGGACGAGACCUGUAUCGCGGAUCGCAUCAACGGGAUCCUGCUGCAGUUGAUCUCGUGCCUGCAGUGCCGAAGGUGUCCGCACUACUUCUUACCGAACCUCGAUCUGUUCAAAGGGAAGUCCCCCAGCGGACUGGAGAACGCGGCGAAACAAGUGUGGAGACUGACGAGGGAGUUGCUGACUAAUAGUCGCGCUUUGGAGAAGCUGUAGACGAGAACUGCGGCCCACGCAGUGGAUUCUGUUGCUUUGAAAGUCAAGCUCUAAAGGCGGAACGUUGAGUUGUAACGCAGCAGGCGUGAAUCAGAGGACGAGACUGAAGAAUUCGGGAGAGUCAGGAGUUCGGAGGUUGCUUGAAAUUGUACUGUAAUCGAAGUACCGCCGAUUCUGGGGAUUGUAUGCCAGGAAAUCAAUCGCGUCACGAUGGAGCGGAUUCGGUCAUUCAAUUCGGAGCAGUCCAGUCGACGCGAGAAGAAGCGGAGCUGAUCGUAGCAUUUUAAUCCACCUAAGACCCUGAAGCGAUCAUCGAAGAUUCUGUGCUCGGAAGUGUGUAGUGUGCCCGGCAGAAUCGCUGAUUGAAAAUAAUUGCGCGUGCAUGUGUGAUUCCGUGUGCCGCGGACGAUCGAAUCAGUGCCAUAAAAUCAACGCUGACGUUCAGAAUUUUGUUCCCGUUUUCGCGGCACGAAUGGCCGCCGUACGGUCCGUACGCUCGGCGCGAGAUGGAGUCGCCGACGGCAGCUUAACGUCGAAUCGUUACUUCAGCGUUAACUCUUAACCGGUGAUGGCCGUUCACAUUUUCGUUUAGCGAUCGCGAUUCGCCUAUUGUUACACGUAUGUAAAAUGAACAGAAAUAUUACUAACGAUCCAAGUACGCGACAGAGCACGAUACACCGAGACGUUAACGAAUCGUCGAACGGAACGACUGUCCGACGUAAUGGUCACCGGUUACGGGUUACUUAGUCUUCUCUUCUAAUCAAUCUAUCCUGUCCCAGUCGCUAUGUAAAUACAUCUAAAAAGAUAUUUAUUGAAGUGUACACGAAAAUUGUGAAAUACAAUGCUAU